AUGUCUGGUGUGGAUAAGACAUCUCCCAGUAGAUUAAGGGACCUUUCAGCCAUCAGGGGGACAACCCAAGAGCUCCCACAGAACGUCCAGCUGACCUGCACUUUGACUUGGACAUUGGAAAGCUGUGUCACGGCCUGCACCCAACACCUUAGCAAAGACAAUCCAAGUAGUCCCUCUACAAGGCAGCCUUGCAAGCAGGGUAAAACGAUGAGCCCUGAACAGCCAGAGAAAGGCCAGAAGAGGAAAUGCCAAGAAGAGGAAGAGGAUGAUGUGUGCUCCGAAGAGCCAGUCCAGGCCUGGAAGAAGCUGAAACAGGAACAGCAUGAAACAGAGCUUGGGUAUGAAGAGCCUGACAAGAGCCGAAUAUGGACACCCCAGGAAAAGGGUCAGUUACAGCUAACGGCCCCAGAGUGUGCCAAAGGCCCUGAGGAAGAGGCUGUGACUGAGGAAUCUGUGGAUGGAGGCAAGGGUCUCAAGCCCCCCUACAGCAACAGGGAGGAAGGAGUUCAGAAACACCACAAUGAAAAGUACUCAGGGCUGUUGGAACACCUCCAGCCUGAUGUCCCGGUGAGCUCUGGCCCUCACAGCACUAACACAAGCACCAUGGAUACCUUGAAGAAUAUCAAAGGUUGCAUUGAAGGGCAGAAUCAUGAAUCGGAAACACCUCAAAUCUGCACAGACAGUGUCAGCAAUGGCAUGCUCAACAGCAAAGUGUCAACACCUGAGGUCAAGAAAAAGGUUCUUGAAGACCAAGAGAAGGGCAGAGGGCUGGACCGUGGCCCUGAUAUCACAGUGGACAUGGAGAAAGAAAUCGACAGUGCGCUAGGCCCUGGGUCAAAAGAUGAGAUCUUGAGUUGUGCCUUCAAACUGCAAAUUACUCGAGGAGAUUUGUGGACCCUAAAGAACACCCAGUGGCUCAACGACAAAGUCAUCAAUUUUUACAUGAAUCUUCUCAUGGAAAGAAAUCAAAGUCAAGGCUACCCGGCACUUCAUGCAUUUAAUACCUUCUUUUACACCAAGUUAAAAUCUGGUGGCUACAGGUCAGUCAGAAGAUGGACCCGGGCAGUAAACCUCUUUGCAAAGGAACUUAUCCUGGUCCCAGUUCACCUCGGCGUGCACUGGAGCCUGGUGGCCACAGACCUAAGAAAGAAGAGUAUUGUCUACCUGGACUCCAUGGGACAGAAGAGACCCGACAUCCUUGAGCUGCUUUUCUGCUAUCUGCGGGAGGAGAGCAAAGCGAGAAGGAACAGCGACCUGAGCCCUGCGGAGUGGAAGCAAUACAGCAUGUCGGCAGAGGAGAUUCCUCAGCAGCUGAACGGGGGCGACUGUGGAGUGUUCACCUGUAAAUACGCAGAUUACAUUUCCAGGGGCCAGCCCAUCACCUUCUCCCAGCAGCACAUGCCUCUGUUCAGGAAGAAGAUGGUGUGGGAGAUCCUGCACAGGCGCUUACUGUAG